AGAAACUUUUGAAAAUUAUAGCCACCAUUUAGUUGUAUUUUGUUUGGCAAUAAGAUAUAUAGUGAGGUGUGCUGCUUGUUUAAAGACGGUAUAUAUGCAUGAAUAAAUGAAAUAAGACGCUGUGAGGCAGAUUUUGAAUAUGAUGAUUUCAAAGCGUAUUGGAAUACAUAAGAGCAAUAAUUGGAAUCGUUUACAUGUGCAUACACACGUAAAUAUGUUAAAUUCAUCUGAAAACGUUUUUAGUGUCGCGUAACAAUUCAAUUUUAAGCACUUUUAUUGCACGAAGUGAGACUAAUACAUACGUGGCUUGGCAGAAAACUACCAACGCAUGUUGAAUAUUUGAUACGUAUAUGUGUAGAUAUAUUUGACAACCGCCAGUCAGCCUGUAGGAAUCUCUCAGCAACGAAUUAUAAAUCUGAUUAAAAUAAAAAUCAUAUAUACUAUGCAGAUAUCCAAAGAAUGGCAAAAUCACGGAAUGCUCUCUACGCUGCUGGAGUAACUUGUUUAGGGUUUCUUUGCUUUGCAUUAGCCUCAGCUGCUAUAGGAAUACCUAUUUGGGGUUACUAUGAUAGUCCAACUGGUGGCUACGAUUUCGAUCGAGGAUAUUUCGGCCUCUUCAAAGUUUGCAAACAGCUAACAUAUAACCGGGAAAAAUGUGGUAAUGAUGUUUCGAAAUUCCGACUAUCCACGGUCGUUAACAUAAGUGGUCUAUUAACUAUUGCAAGUUCGGCAGCUCUAGGUAUUUUCUGUGUUCUUUCGAUAAUACAAAUAGCGAUGAUAUCCUCUCGUGAAAAAGUUGUAAUGCCUUACAAUACAUUGGUUUUAUUAAAGAUGAUAUUGGCGUUAAUUGCAUGUUUGUUGGCUACUAUCGCAACAGUAAUAUUUGCUCUACAAAUCGAUGAUUCAGAAAAAUAUGGCUUUAAAAUUUCUCGAGGCAUAUCGUUUUAUUUACAGGUUGUAGUUAUCGCUUUAACUAUUGGACUUUUUCUUGUCGCUCUGUACGAUGUACUUUUUUCACGUCGAAUGGGCGGAGAUCCCACAAUGGUUGUUGACACUUCUUCACCGGCCAACGCCACGACAUAUAACAAUCCUGGUUACAAAGAGUCACGUUCAAGGAACGGUGUUUCGGUAACUGAUGCAUCUGGCAGGCCUUAUAGCGGUAUACGUAAUGGAGGAAGUGUGGCAUCUAUGUCUACUACAAUGACCAGCGUAUCAAAUGGUUCAACAGUGGAAUCAUUAACACGUUCUCCGCUUCGCUCCAGUUUAAAGAAACCUCGCCCACCUCGUGACCCUGCGUUAGGUAUUCCAAACCCUGGCUUUUCAGGAUCGGGGAGCUCGCCGCCUAUGCACCGUAGUAGUAGUGUGAAAAAAGUUCGCAUUCAAACACAUAGCACAGAAGUGUGAGGUUUGUUCAGAAAUGAAUAUUGUAGGCUAAAAAAUGACAAAAUUUCGGAAAACUGGAUACCAAGCAGAAUGGUAUUAUGACACUUUAUUAGGAUGUGUAUUGUGUACAGAAAAAAUGUUGUACGGGGUCAGACACAUACAGUACAUAUAUGUCAAUAAGGCAUAUCCAUUGUAGCCAAACUCAUAAGCAUUAAUAUAGAAAUAAUAUAUAGCUGAUAUUUCAACUUAAUAAUGAGGGUACUCAUGUAAAUCGAUAAAUUUACGAAACAUACAAGUUUAAGUAUUUAAUUCAAUUACACUAAAUAAUUUUUCUCCAAAUUUAUCAUUCCAAUAAUAAACUUAACACUAAAAUGUCUAGAAUGAACUAGAGGCAAGACGAUUGCAAUCAAUCGGUGGUGUCAUUAUACUCAAAAUAACAUUUUCAUGCUUUUCAUUUGUAAAGGGAAACAUUGUUUUUUAAUUUAUUUUCGUAGUUGUUUAUCCCUUGACAUAAAGCCACCUCGUACAAGAGUAAAUGUUGAAAUACGGAAUGCAUUGGUAAAUUCAUAGUAGUAUUAACAUAAUCAAAUCGGUGAAGAAAUUUCUCAUAUUAUUAUAUAUUUAAUUUGACAGCUGUUUUAAGAGUUGGAACUUUAAAUUAAUUCUCUUAAUAUUUUAGAUCUCGUUAAAAAAGUAGUUCAAAACGAAAAAAUUUUUUAACGCUUUGUGCAAAAUGGACACAUCCGUCUAAUAGUCUUCCAUAUGGAGUUAAAUUUUAACUUAAUUAUUUCCUGUCCAAUUUUCUAAAUUCGCAAAAUCGGAAUCAUGGGAAAUAGUAGUUGUAUAAAUAAUACUUCAAUUUUGAAUAAUGUAAACAUAUCAAUCGUUAGACGCUGGUUAGUUAUUAUGGCCAAUUUAAUAGCAUGUACGUAUUCAAUAUUCGCACCAAACAUCAUUUAUACAUUUGUUCAUUGCUUGAAAAAAAUUAAAGUGAAACCAAAGACGAUAAAGUGGCAAGAUAAAAACUACAGUCUAGCUGUUGGAAAAUCCAGGACUUUGGGCUUGAAUAGACUUUGAGAGCGUAGCUUGGUCCCCCACUUAACUAUAGUCGAUUCAAAAAAGCUCCCGGAAAUUUUGAAAACUUCAAAAUUUUUGAUUAAGAAGAAUAUUGAAAUUUAAAGUCAAAAACAAUUAGUUUAAACAAAGUAGGAACGAAUAUUAUAAAGUUGUUAUUUUUAAAUAUUCUUUUUUUUCAAUAACGGUAACUUUUAAGCUAUAUGAUGUGAAAUACCAAUUGCGGUGGAUAUUUCGAAGGAACUAAAGAAAAGUUAAAGGCAAUUUUAUUAUUAAAUUUUUAUGUUUUGUUUAAACACAAUAAUCUUAAGUAAGUUUCGAAUAAGUUUAAUACCUCGAAAUAUUUGAGCAACUAUUCUUAGUUUUUUUACAAUUUAUCAUAAAACAGCAAUUUAGUUUAGCUAAAACCUCCAGGUUUUGCAAGCCACUAAUGAUUUAAAAUCUCAGUUUUUUGUCGAUUAACUUGAAAUAUAACUGUUUUUAGUUACCUAACAUUUUAUUUCGAAAAAAGUUUUUUAGAAAUCAAAUUUAUUUACAAAAUAUUAAUAUUAAUAUAUAAUAUAAUAUUGAAUUCAAUUCCCAUCGCAUUUUCGUUAGGGUGCAUGUUCAAAUGCGCAUUUACAUUACAUUUUGAAAACAAUUCUUUCAAUGCAUUGAAGAUUUAAACAUUUACAAAACUAUAUGACACAUAUAUCUAAAUGCAAAUAUUUUCAUUAAAUGUUAACAAAUUUCACAUACAUAUGCAUAUUAUCAGAUAAAACAGAUCACAAUAAUUGUAAAUCACAAAAAAAAAAUUAUGCUUUACGCACCACCGCAAUCUGCGAACUUACACAUUUGCACAAAUUAUAAAAUAAAUUAAAUGAGGCUGUGUUUUAUUACAUUCACCAGCCGUACUAAGGUAUUCGUAGACUAACGGAAUCCAAUUUUUGAAAAUUUUCACACAUUUUAUUGUGCUGUAAAAGUGAUAAAACAUUAAGAAUAUCUUAAUACUAAGGAAAACUAAGUAAAAUGCUUUACUGCAUAAUUUCCUUACAAAAGCAGAAUAUAUUGAAAAAUAUUCCGUCCAUUUAUACUUUGUAAAAAUUGAUACGUUAAGAAAUUUUUAAGUAAAAUAACUGCACAUGUUUCCAUCUCCUUUUGGUAUGGUAACUAGUAUAACUAUAAAAUAAUCGCAAAUCAUGUGUAUAUCUAUACUUAGGUACGAAAAAGUAAAAUAAAAUCUUUAAUCACGAAAGAGUA